AUGAAUAACUCGACUGAUCUUUCACUGAAUGAUUUGCUGGAAGACGGCCUAAAUAUCGGUGACAUCGAUGGCAACAAUAUCUGGGAAAAGGAUCUCUGGAAGAAUAUUACGAUUAUAACCAUCUAUUCAUUGAUUUUUGUUGUCUCACUUUUGGGCAACUCUUUAGUUAUUUAUGUGAUAGUAUCGAAACGUCGGAUGAGGACAGUUACCUAUUGGUAUAUUGUCAAUCUGACUGUAGCCGAUCUACUAAUCACCAUGAUCAAUUUGCCAUUCAAUACGGCCAGGAUCAUUUUGGAAAACUGGCCGUUCGGACAGUUUAUGUGCCAAUUUGUGCCAUUCAUACAAGUUUGCUCAGUUUAUGCCUCAACAUUAACGAUGUGUAUCAUAGCAUUGGACAGACAUCAGGCAAUCCUCUAUCCAUUUGGCAAACGACUCAGUCAUGUCUUACCUCCGAAAAUAUCUUUACCGUUGAUAUGGACGGCCUCUGGAGUGCUAUCCUUACCGCACGCCCUGUUCAACCAAGUGGUCGUCUAUAGAGAGAUUUCGCUAAUCAGAUGCAGACUCGUGUUGUCCGACAAAUACCAUUCCCGAGAGGAACAGUACCGCCAAUGGCUAACACUAUUGACGUUUGUAUCGCAAUAUGUGAUCCCACUAUCGAUAGCAGCCUUUUGUUAUUGUAAAAUAGCAUUUCAUAUACACAGAAGAGGUAUUGUCGGCCAUUCAACACCACAACAGGUGGCCAACAAUCUCAGAUUUAACCGCAAAACGAUAAAAAUGUUGGUUUUAGUGCUAUUUGUUUUCGCCUUUUGUUGGCUACCGUUAAACGUCUACCAUAUAGUGGCCGACUUUGUUACCGACAAUCGGUUAACUCAUAACUUUUCCCUAUUGAUUGCCGUACACUGGUUGGCCAUGAGCUCCGUUUGCUAUAAUCCGUUCAUCUAUAGCGCCCGAAACAGCUAUUUUCGCGAAGGUUUCCGAAGUCUGGUCAAAAUGAUGUGCUGUCGGUUCAAUCGGGAGGGCCCGGACUCACCCAAUGGUCACAAUAACGGCACAAACAGUACCAAUACAGCCAUUUAUCUAUCAAUCCGACGGACAUCAUAUGCCAACCGCAAGAACUCAGUUAUGGUUAACGACAACAAUAUAAAUGUUAUGAAUAAUUCAAUUAACAAUAAAACCAAUGAAAGUGUUAUUUAG